AUGUCACACCCUCCGCCGGGUGUCCCUCCACCCAACUACAACUACAACUAUCCUCCUCCGCCGACUGCCCACCAGAUCCAUCGCGCUCCUCCGAAUCAGCUGCAGCCGCAGCCGCCGCCUCCACCUCCGCAUCAGCAGGACCAGCCGACAGGCUCAGCCGUUUCGGAUGGUUCGAACUCGGACUCACAAGAACCUCCCGCCAAAGUUCCGAGAACGCGAAUCUCGAGGGCAUGCGAGAACUGCCGUGCCAGGAGGAAGAAGUGUCAGCCGCCAUACCCGUGCAAGGCGUGUCGUGAUGCUGGUCUCCCAGACUGCCUUGUCCGUGAACGUGCACGGCCCACCCGCCGCCGUCGGUCGCAGCAAGCGUCUUCCGCGCCGAUCGAAGGCUCAACAUUCCCGCGACGCACCAAGUACCUCGACUUUGCUGCUGAUGAGCUCGAGCAGAUGUAUAUGCAGAAGACUGGGACGCCGAUCAGUUUGAAGCUUGAGGAGAAACCAACACACCCCUUGUGCGAUCUCAAGACACCGCUUCCUCCGCUUCCCAACCCCUUGCCUGCGGAGUUGACAGAGGCAAUGCAGGUCUUCCUCGACGACUUCCUGCCGUGGUGCUCUUACAUGACAACUCCGCGAGUGCACAGCCUGUUCAACAGGUAUGUCACGAGCCCCGAGACGCUGUCGCCCGACCAGACAGCUCUCAUCUGUGCGUGUCUCGCGCUCGGACUACUCAGGCUCAAGUCCGUGCCCCUCCGCAAACAAUUCCACAGGCAUCACUCGGAGGUGCCCGACGAGGAGCGUAUCGACGUGAUCUUCUUCAGGCAUGCUAUCGACAUUCUUGAGCGCUGGGGAACAGCCAGCUUCACCUCAUUGCAUGCACUUUCGACUAUUUCGUUCUACACCUGCCUGACGUGCACGUCGGAUGUCAUGCGCAUGACCGUCGCUUGGAUGGUGUCGCAGGCCAAAGACCUCGGCAUUCACCAGGAGCAGACAGCAAAUGCGCAGGCAUACACCCCGAGCGAUCGCGCGGACCUCAUGUUCGUCCAGGUCGUGUACAGCCAUUUUGGAAAGCCGCCGAUGAUCAAGCCCGGAGAGUUUAUUAGCCUCUCUGUGCAGUAUCGAUCGGCCUCGGAAGACACCGACAUUGCGAUUGUUCCCCGUCGCUCAAUGGUCGAGAUCCUGCUGUUAAACACGCAGCUGUUCUCGCAUAUUUGGGACUCGAAGAAUCCGACAAUGUCGAUGGACUGGAUGCUGCGCAUGGAGGAGCGGUGGGAUAACUGGGUCUCUACCUGGAUCCAAGAGGGGCAGACGAGCGGAUUACUCAAGGCCGACUAUUUCAUCCACAGCAUCUGGGAGUGCGCGAUCUCUUCGGAUUCGUACAACUGCAUGUGGACGCAGCUCCGACAGAUCACGACUUGCGCCCACGUCGUCCUUUUCCUCGUGACAAAGUAUGAGAUGCGCAAGUCAGAGGCCGAGGACCUGCUCUCGAAGGCGUGCUGGAUCAUCGAUCUCUGGGCAGUGCGCUGGAAGAAGCAGGCGGCCGAUGCUCGCUCCAAGAUCCUCAUGGUUGCGCAAGCGUUCGGCCUCGACGUGCCUAUCAUUCACCGCUCGGACUCGCAGUGGGCCGGCACGCCGCACUCGCACUCGGAACAGUCACACACGCAGGACCACAUUGAGCCUUCUCCCUCGUCCAUCCCCGUCAACCACGUCCCGCCUCCGCCCAUGCCGCAGCAGGUGCCGCCUCCCCAGCAGCUGCCGCAGCCUCUGCCCCCUCUCCCGCCCCCGGGAGCGAUGCAGCCGCAGUUCGACCUCCGCAACCUCGGCUUCUUGUACGAGACGUUUGACCCGUCCACGCAAGCCAACCAACCCCAGGCUCCCUGGGGCUUUGACAACAUCUGGUUGUCUCAAGACUAUGUGUAA